CGGUCACCACCUUGCGGCGUCGCCUCUCCUGUUCGUGCGGCGUUGCCUCAUUCGUCUUCUUCCCCGCUCCGCUCCCCCUCUGCCCCGCCUCGCUCGAUUCAGCUCAAGUAAGCAGCCAGCGGGGAGAAGCCACGGAAGAGAAGAGAAGGGCACUGCGACUGGCAGUGGAGAUCUAUCGGCGCCCGAAUCGAUGGCUAUGAGGCACAGAGCUCGCUCGACCCCCAGCUCCCCGCUCACUCCAUCCGCCAGCAUGAGAGCAAAGAAGAUAUUUGGUUUCUCUGUAUCUCUCAUCCUCAUUAAUCUGGCAUCCAUUAUGGAGCGUGCUGAUGAGAACCUCCUCCCAGCAGUUUACAAGGAAGUCAGUGCGACCUUCAAUGUGGGUCCCACAGAUCUGGGAUAUCUCACAUUUCUAAUGAACUUUCUGAAGUCCAUAGCAUCUCCCUUGGCAGGUGUCCUUGCACUUCAUUAUGAUCGCCCCGCAGUGCUUGCAAUCGGAACUGUCUUCUGGGCCUUAUCAACAGGGGCUGUUGGUGUUAGCCAGCAUUUUGGGCAGGUUGCAUUCUGGAGAGCUGUAAAUGGCCUUGGACUUGCCAUUGUAAUACCAGCACUUCAGUCGUUCAUUGCUGAUAGCUACAAAGAUGGUACCCGCGGUGCAGGAUUUGGUUUGUUAAGCCUCAUCGGUGCAGUAGGUGGUAUAGGAGGCAGUAUUUUGGCAACACUAAUGGCAGGGAAGGAUUAUUGGGGAUUGCCAGGAUGGCGUGUUGCUUUUAUUAUGGUUGCGCUUCUCAGCUUGAUAAUUGGAAUCCUUGUGUACUUAUAUGCGACUGAUCCAAGAAGAAUCCCUGGCAACCAUCUUCUUGAUGAUGACGAUUACGAGCGGUUACAUUUGUCCAGCAAAGAUGUUCUUCCGCCGCCUUCUAUGUGGUGGGAUUCUUGGGUAGCAACACGAAGCGUCAUGAAAGUGAAGACAUUUCAGAUCAUCGUGUUGCAAGGGAUAAUAGGCUCAUUGCCCUGGACCGCCAUAGUUUUCUUCACAAUGUGGUUUGAACUCAUUGGUUUUGACAACAGGAGUUCUGCAGCAUUGAACAGUCUAUUUGCAAUCGGGUGUGCCAGUGGAGCUUUCCUUGGUGGUGUAAUAGCAGAUCGCCUGUCACGUCACUAUCCAGAUUCUGCACGGGUCAUGUGCGCUCAAUUCAGUGCCUUCAUGGGAAUUCCUUUCUCAUGGAUCCUCCUUACAGUCAUUCCCCAGUCAACUGAUUACUGGUUGGCCUAUGCAGUCACUCUGUUCUUCAUGGGUAUCACCAUCAGCUGGUGUGCUACUUCAGCAAACAACCCCAUGUUCGCAGAGGUAGUGCCUCCCAAGCACCGCACCAUGAUCUACGCAUUCGACCGCGCCUUCGAGGGCUCAUUUGCCUCGUUGGCGGCUCCUGCUGUUGGUCUGGUCACCGAGAAGAUAUAUGGCUACGAUGCAAAGACUGUAAACAUCGCAAACGGAUCAGCAGAAGGGGCGUAUGCCCUGUCAAGAGGGCUACUAACCAUGAUGAUAGUUCCUUUUGGGGUUUGUGUCCUAUUCUACAGCCCUUUGUAUCUUGUGUUCAAACGCGACAGAGAUAAUGCGAAGCUGUCCAGCUUCAAGGACCAGGAGCUAAUCUAAAAAGGAAAAGAGAAACAGCAUGCCCAAAGUUUUCCACGCUAAAUUUCUGGCUUAACGCCGCAGAGAAUAUCAGAUUCAGAUUUCUAUAGUCUGAUAGAUGACGGAGGAUGAGAAAGGUUGGGUUUAUUCUUCAGGUUGACAUAUUCAGGCUACUUCUGAAUUCAGGUUGACAUAUUCUGAUAAGCGAUAGUUCAUCUCGAGUGAAGAGAAGACCAGAUUCUUCUUCAGAUCAAACCCAUGCUGAUGUAACUUUAGAAGCUUUACUUCCCCGGCUAGUUUGUGACAUGUUCAGUGGCAGAAAAUUCAAUUGGUUACAUUUGGACAACCUGUGGUGGUGGAUUUGGGUGGGCUGCUUUGGGAAACAGUGGUUCCUCUAAUGUUUCACGCUGAAUUCGUGAACAUAUGAUGUUGGAUGGCAUCUUGCUAAUUUUACGACGGUUGUCGAUGUUGUAAUAGUUCAGGCAAUGAGAACCAUUCGGAACAUUGCAAUUUUUACAACUACUCCCUCCGUCCAACAAAGGAUGUCUCAACUUUGACUAAAUUUGAAUGCGUAUUUCUAGUA